AUGCGAGCACCGCCCCGGAUCCCGUCCGUGGCCCGAUCACGCUCCUGGCCCGACCAGUCACGGCAGUCUCGAUCCAAGGAGCUUGUGCUGCCCCAGCCUGGCAAAUGGAGCUGGGUUCUGGCCUUGGUUUUUGCUCUCUGGAAUCAGUGGCUUUGUCCAGCCGAGAAGGAACCGCUUAAAGCUAUCGACCUGGUAACAAAAGCGACUGAGGAGGAUAAGGCCAAGAACUAUGAGGAGGCGCUGCGGCUGUACCAGCAUGCAGUGGAGUACUUUCUACAUGCCAUCAAAUAUGAGGCUCACAGUGACAAGGCGAAGGAGAGCAUCCGGGCGAAGUGCAUGCAGUACUUGGACCGGGCGGAGAAGCUGAAGGAUUAUCUACGCAACAAAGACAAACAAAGCAAGAAGCCUGUCAAAGAGUCUCCAAAUGACAGCAAGGGGAGCGACAGUGACAGCGAGGGCGAGAAUCCAGAGAAGAAGAAGCUGCAGGAGCAGUUGAUGGGUGCCAUUGUGAUGGAGAAGCCCAACGUGCGGUGGAAUGAUGUGGCUGGCCUGGAGGGUGCCAAGGAGGCUCUGAAAGAGGCUGUGAUUUUACCCAUUAAAUUCCCACACUUAUUCACAGGUAAGCGCACCCCUUGGCGUGGGAUUCUGCUCUUUGGGCCCCCUGGCACGGGGAAGUCGUACCUGGCCAAGGCUGUGGCAACUGAGGCCAACAACUCCACGUUCUUCUCUGUGUCGUCCUCGGACCUGAUGUCAAAGUGGCUGGGAGAGAGCGAGAAGCUGGUGAAGAAUCUCUUCGAGCUGGCAAGGCAGCACAAACCCUCCAUCAUCUUCAUCGACGAGGUGGACUCUCUGUGUGGCUCCCGCAAUGAGAACGAGAGCGAGGCUGGCCGCAGGAUCAAGACAGAGUUCCUGGUGCAGAUGCAGGGUGUUGGUAAUAACAACGACGGGACCCUCGUCCUCGGUGCCACAAAUAUCCCCUGGGUCUUAGACUCGGCCAUUAGGAGAAGGUUUGAGAAGCGCAUCUACAUCCCGUUGCCGGAGGAGGCGGCCCGAGCCCAGAUGUUCAGGCUGCACCUGGGGAACACACCACGCAACCUGACAGAGGCCAAUAUCCAAGAGCUGGCCAGGAAGACGGACGGGUACUCGGGAGCUGACAUCAGCGUCAUCGUGCGUGACGCCCUCAUGCAGCCUGUCCGCAAAGUGCAGUCGGCCACACACUUCAAGAAGGUGCGAGGCCCGUCUCGAACCAAUCCCAGCAUAACCGUAGAUGACCUCCUGACCCCAUGCUCGCCGGGGGACCCUGGAGCCAUCGAGAUGACCUGGAUGGAGGUGCCUAGUGACAAGCUGCUGGAGCCAGUGAUCUGCAUGUCAGAUAUGCUGCGGUCGCUGGCCACCACCCGCCCCACCGUGAAUGCAGAGGACCUCCUAAAGGUGAAGAAAUUCACAGAAGACUUUGGACAAGAAGGUUAAAAGCUUCUGCUGUGGGGCGUGCAGGGGUGGCUGGGCGGGGCGGGCAAGGCAUGCCUUGGCAGUGGCAGCGUGUACGCUUGCAAAGCCCUAGUGCUGGCAGGCAGACGGUGCCAGGCGGACACUAAUGUUCAGCUCCCUACUAAACCCACCUGUCUGUGGGCCCCCAGCUGGGAGUCACACAGCAGCAUGGCCCCUGGCAGACCUGCGGAAGGAGCUGAGCACAGCCCAGGGGCCUGCCCUGCCUCCCCCGGGGGCCCCGACUCUCCUGCCCGCUUUUUUUUUUUUUAAUUUUUUUAAAUUAAUGCUGCUUGUUUUGUCUUGUUUAUAUAAAAAUAAAAACGAUCCAAAAGCUUCACCCACCAAAA